AUGUCUUGGAACGAUGUAAAUGAAGUCACACUUAUUCCCUCCAGUUCCAAAUCUAGAGCUAAUCCAAAUGCCUCCGGUAGUCAUCGCAAAAGUCUUGUCGAAAGUCUCGAUCAAAGUUUGAAGCGUCUAAACGUUGGCUAUGUCGACAUUCUUUACGUGCAUUUUUGGGAAUUUCGCACGCCAAUUGAAGAGGUCAUGCGUGCUUUGGAUGAUACAGUCAGAAGCGGCAAAGCUCUUUACGUUGCGAUUAGUGACGCGCCAUCUUGGGUGAUGAGUCGCGCAAAUACAAUGGCUGAUUUUUACGGAUGGAGAUUUCUCACUGGGAAAUACACAAAAGAAUCCGUGGAGAAAAAGGUGAAAUCUGGGGCGAGAAUUAGCGAUAGAGUCACCAUUAAUGAAUGGACAGGAGUUGAAAAGAAUUGGGAAAUCCUCGAGGAGGUUAAAAAGAUUUCCAAAGAAAUAAAUAAGAGUCCUGUUCAAGUGGCAUUAAAUUGGAUUGCUCAAAAACCUGGAAUCACCUCACCUUUGAUCGGUGCCAGGACAAAGGCCCAAUUAGAUGAAAAUAUCAAAGCUCUGGAAUUCAAGUAG